AUGCAUCUAGUCAUAACAGAUUCAGGCCAAUUUCCUGAUGCACAAGCAGGCAUGAGAGCCCAACCGCUGGCUCGAGUGCCCAAAAAACAUGGUGCCGCACAGCUCUUUGACUCCGAGUCAGAUGAUUUUGGGCCUGAGGGAAGUGACGGGGGCUUGUCUGAUUCGGAUAGUAGUGGAGCUCAGUCAGAUGUCAACCCUGAGGAGUCGGAUGACGGUAUUCUGGGACUCGACCCGAAGAAACUAAAGGCCAUGCUGGACUAUGAAGUAUCUCAUAGCGGCCUCAAUUUGCUGGACAUGAAAACGCAUCAGCAGGGAUCUGUCCGAGUCAAACAAACAGUGUCCCAUUCAAGUCGCAAUCUCGUGCAAAUAGCUCUGCCUCGUCAAUCAGAUGAUGAUGCCCUCGCUGAGGAGCACAUCACCAUCAAUCCUGAGGUCGAGGAGACAAACAAGUCUGUGCCCCACUACCGUGUUUCAAACCAUAAUGGUUUGAGUAAGAUGGUCAAAGGGGCAUUGAGAGGAGGGAAACAGCUUCAGAAGCAAGAGCAAGAGAGACCAACUUGGCAGUCACCCAAGGACUCCAUUGAUGAUACAAUCAGUGAAGGACCACCUGCUGUUCGCUCUCGUGAGGAUGACUGGCCCGUGGCUUGUCGCAUUGUGUAUAGUGGUUCAGGCAAGGUAAAUCUGACAGAGCAACAACCUCACAUUCAAGAGAUGCUCCGGGCAGCCAUUACCUCCCUUCAUGAACACAUCCUGUUCGAAAACUCAUAUCCAGAAUUACAGCAACAGAGAAAACUCAUGGCCAACAUCCUUAUGUCAUGUACCAAAGACGGAGAAGACUUUGACGCUGUGAGGAAUCGCCUAGCGAAGGACUCGAAGUAUCCUGAAGGCCGGAUUGGCAGCAUCCGUGGGAACAUCAGAAAGGCUGCGCAAGCACAUGUUGCCACCCACUAUGGUCUGACCAAAGGAGCUGAUGAGCAAGUCUCACACCUUCUCAAAAACAACACCUACAUAUAUCCGGUGAAUGCAAAGGGGGAUCUUGUCCGCAUGAAGCCAUCUCAAGCUCCUGCGAUUUUGGACACCAUCGAGGAUGCAUUCUUCAACGACGAGCUGGGUGCAGGAGUGAAGUGGCAUGACCAUUUGACAUCCAUACUCGAUGACCAUCCAGAGGAAGUGGAGCUGCCUGUUGCAAUGGUGGCUCUCGCUAGCACUGUGAUGACACAACUCAAGUACUCCUCCGAGAAAUAUGACCGUGACUUCAACUCGGACAUAUAUGGGGGGAUUUAUAGAAAGUUGGUCAUGAGUUCUAACAUGGUCGACAGCAGAAUUUGUCUGACAGCGGUAUGGUAUUAUAGUGGAUCAAAGCGCAAGGCAGAUGAACCUAGCACCAUGGAGACACUCAUGUUUCUCAAUAUUGAAGAUAUGGCAGAUGAAUGA